CUUACUAAUAUCAAACCUGGAGUCAAUUCAAGAUAGCUGACCCUAUUUGGACUAGCACAUAUAUUCGGGUUGGGUUGGAACAAAUCUACUACACUUUAAAAGAGACUCAAGAAAUCACUAUUUCUAAAAGAACUUUCAAUCUCAGCCGUCCAAUUGACCCUCUCUCCAUUGUCACUCUUUAAUCUUGGCCCCUCACUUGUGAGACUUUUUUCCGCCUCUAUUCUACUCUACUCGAGCGUAUGGGAUGAAGGUGAGGAGUGUUUCCCUGUUAAGCGUUCGUGAGUUAUCGUCAUGCCUGCACGCCCUGUCCCUGUCGUGUAACUGUAGUUGGAUUGCAAGAGUGAAUAGCUGUGGAAGUUGCCAGGACCAGGAAGGGGAUGAGGUCACUGAUUGCGUUGAAGGGGUUCUGGCACAUCACCUUUUCCAUUCAAAAUAUCUCUCUCACGCACUCUCCCACCCUUUUUCUCUCAUUUUAGGUUUUCCUGUUGACCAGGAUUUGGUGUUUGAUUUGUUCAGAAUGUGUUGUCCGAAGGAGGAGAAUAGAUGUGUAUCAGAAGCCAUGUCAGGUUAGUACCAGAGGUUUGGUAUGUAUAGUUGUCAAGCAGGUUUGCUUUUGAUUCUGAAACUCAACUCAAUUCAAUUUAACUAGAUUUAAUUAAAUUUUUGAAAUGCUCAAAUGUUUCUCACUUUCACUUGUCUAUAAAUACUGCUAUCUUCUGUUCUUCUUGGUGUUCUUGCUCUGGGCAAUUUUCUUUUUCUUAUCUCCCCUUUUGUACAGAGAAUUGUUGAUUUGCUUAUCUCCCCUUUCGUAUAGAGAAUUGUUGAUUGUUGUUACUUAUGGCUUAUACUGCUGGUCCUUUCCAUCCCCUUUGUAGCUUAUGCACAGGUUAUUACUUUUCUUGAAGAAGUGCUACGUCCUUGCUUCCAGGUAGGUUUUUCUAUGUCUUCUUUGGUUAUAUUGCUUUCAUUGGUUGUAAAGGGUGAUCUUGAGGUUUUAUGUCCAGUUUUGGAAGUUGUGAUCUCAGAAAUCAGUGUGUGUAAUUGUGUAUAGUAAAACCUGAUAUUUAAAAUUGAAAAAAUUGCAAAAUAGGUUAAUAUGUUUGUUUUCAUUUAGGGUGUAGUUUUAAUUUGGAUAUUAUUGUAUCUGUUAUAUUAUUUUUAGAUUUUGUAAUUGGCAUAUAUUUGUUUGCCAUAAACAAUUUAAAAUGUAAAAUUAGUGAAUGCCAUGAAAAAUGGGUGCUAAAAGUUAUCUUUUUAAACAUAUUUAUGAUCAAGCUUCCACCAUUUUAAUUGGCUUCCAGCUUUCUCUGUCUUUGUGAAGAAGCUAUUAUGGAUAAGCUAAGAACUCAUUUACGGGACCCUUGAAAUCCAAGUUAAGAAUUGUGGGUUUGCUUUUGUUUUGUGUUACAAGAAUACGUACAGCAACUGUUCAAUUUGCAAAUCCAAAGAAUUCACUUGACCAUUCUUCUUCUUCACAAGUAAUUUCUUAGAUGAAAGUGCAGCUUAGAGGCUUAAAGUUAUAACUUUAAGUACCAUAGUUCUUAGGCCCAAGUGUAACGUUAAGUGUCAUGUUUCUCUUCCCAAAUCGACAUCGUGGUAGAUGAAAAAAAUUCUGAAAUCGUUGAUGACUUUUGACAUUUGAAUUCAUUGUGCUGAAGUGCAUUUAAAAUGCUUUUUACUGUUUGUAUUAUUGAUAGUUCGAAAGAUUUGAAUAAGCACGUGAUCUGUUACUUUGAGUGUAGUUUCUUUAACAGGGAGCCACAUGAAGUUUUUGGCAAUGUGGAACUUCUCAUUCCAAUUGGUGCCUGAAUUCAACCUAUUUGAUUUGAUGGAACCUUUCAGUGCAGAUUAAACUAGAAACUGCUGAGGAGUGAACUUCGUUUACAGAAAACUGAAUGGACAGGAAAAACUCAAGAAUCGUGAGAAAGAAGUUUUGGUAAUGUGAGAUUGAUUGAUUGCUUUAAAGAAGUCAAUUUAUGAGACUGGACAUUCAAGGGAGUUCAAGUGAUUUGGUUACCGAGGUAUAUGGACUAUGGAAUGGAUGCCAUCAUAGAGCAGUGAAGAGGAAAAGAAGUAGGAACAAACUUCUAGCAGAGAUAGAAUCAGAUGUUUUCUUGAUCCAGGAAAUAUGUUAAAUGUGUGAAAAUAGCAGAUUCAGAUUCACCAUUCACCACUGGAACGGUGCGCAACCUUCAAAUCUCUCCUUACUUUCUCAUUCUCGCUUUGAUCGAGUUGAUGCAUGUUUGGCUCAUUUGUUUGGCAUGACUACAUUGCUAAGUUCUUCAUAUCAAACUCUUUAGGCAUCUAUUUCCAUAGCUUUACAAAUCUCCUCAUCUUGCAUGUUUGGCACAUUUACUACCUUUCUUUGACGGCCAAAUUUUUCCUCCAAUGAUUUUUGGACUUUCCCCUCUCCAAUAUAAUUAAUAUGUUCCCAAAAGUGGCUUUAAGUGAGAGAUUGACAACUCUCAAAAUAUAAGGAGAUCAUGCGCCAAACCACAGUUUGCUGCAAAAAAAAAAUUCUAAAAUUUCAAAAAGAUAUAUAUGAGUAGAUGAAAAGAGAGUUCAUCCCUAUAAAUACCGAGCUCUCGUACUACUUAUGUAAUCUUAUAUAUGAAAUUAACAUCGCUUUUUUCAUAUUUACUAAGCCAACAAAUUUAGAUAGCAAAUAUUGUUUCUCAAAUUAAUUAGGUUCUCUAAGUGAGAGAGAUGUUAUAAUUCUCCCAUGUAGUAAAAUAUAUAGUUUUCUACCAUUACCCGUAAUUUCCCCUUAUUAUUUGAGGUUUUUCACAUAAGAAAUCAAAAGUAGUGGAAAUAAUAUGGGCAAUUUGGGAUUUUUCUUUUGUACUUUUAACUAUUAACUAUUUCUAAUGUCACCUACAUUGGACAAAGCUAGUGUGGGAAAGAAGCCACAUCAUAUUGACAUAGCUAGGUCUAUGAUGAACGGCAGCAAAGCCACAUGCCGAAGACCCAAUGCAGUCCAAUUAUCUGCAAACACACGCGUCUAUCCUACCGCCAGGAUACGCGUCCUCCUUCACGUACCUCAAGAAAAUCAAGAGAAGAAUAUGUCAAGAUUCUCGUAAUAACACUCCAAUUAUAUAUGCAAGCAACGUUAAGAGGAGACAAACCACUCGUGCACACACUAUUAAAAACCUUAAACACUCACUAAAAAACCCAUUGAUCUUGGAUUUCUUAAAGAAAAAACUUAUCUUAAACGCAAAUUAUUGCUACGAAUCUCAAACCUUUCCAACAAUAUACUUUAUUUAAUCCGAUUUUGCAGUCCAAGGUCCUUGAAAAUGAGACAAACCAAGCAUGGGUACCAAUUUUAUAUAAUUCAAAUCCAGAGGGUAGUGUACUAAUGUGGCAGGCGAGUAGGCAUUACUUGGUGAUGACUAUUUGAAUUUUUUUUCUUGAUUAAUUUAUGCCUAAAGUUAAUAUAUGUGAGACUAAUUUCUCGUUCCACAAUCACUACAUUAUUAUAUAGGAAACUGAUUAAUGAGCUCUUUUCAUUUACUAGAAUUGAGAACUAAUUAAACACUUAAUGUCUUAAUCACUUGUUUAAGGAUGACGUAUUGUAUCACUACACAACAUAGUAAUGAUAUAUACACAUCUCAUUUUCUCUUUCAUCUCAUUUUCAUCUACUAUUUUUUUAUCUAUUUCUACAUUUCCUGUUACAUCACAAAUCAUAUAGUUCAUUUCUCUUUCAUUUCUACAUAAUCUCACAAGGUGGAGGUCAAAUCGGUAUCUCAACUAACAUUAUUCCUACACAACAUCAACGUUAUUGGUUACUGAAAUCUUCUAUUACCAACACACGGAGAACACUAGAGCAGGGCCAGCUAUACACAUCGAGGCUGAAACCCAUUUCAUAACCCUCGUGGCGUGUCUAAUAUCAACAUAUAAUGAAGCACAAUGUUGGGCAUAGAUGUGACAAGAUAACCGAAAUCGAAGGGGAACCCAUUUGGGUAUCACAUGCUCCACACGUUGGUGUGAAUGAAUGAAUGUGAAUGACCCUAUAUAAAGAGAGUUAUGCAUUUGUUAAGAGCAUUCCAAAGUUGAGCUUUUUCAUUGGGGAAAUUUCACAAACAAUAAGGAACAAUUUUAACCAUGGCAAGCAAGUACCAUGUUCGCUCAAUUAGUCUUCCUUCUAGAUCUCAUCCCAGCACAAUUAGAGUGGAAGAGGAGCUGAGCAAGCUCAAGAAUUGGGAAGGAGCAACAACAACAUCCACAUCCACAUCAGAAUCUAUUCACACUGGCUUGUCCAUGCUUGAAGAUUUGUACAUUUCCUUGGAUGAUCUUCUCAACAUGGCAUCAACCCAGCAAGUGAUUUCUCACCACCGCGGUGAGAAAUGCGUGGAAGAGGUGUUGGAUGGUUCAAUGAGGAUCUUAGAUAUCUGCGGCGUCAUGAGGGACACCAUGUCGCAAAUCAAGGAAAAUGUUCAAGCCCUUCAUUCAUCUCUUAGGAGAAGGAAAGGAGAUUCAAGUGUUGAGAAAAGUGUAGCAGAAUACAAAUUCUUCACAAAGAAGAUGAGGAAGGAUGUGAACAAAUUGAUCACAUCUUUGAAGCAAAUGGAUAGCAAAUUUGGGGUUUCCCCACUCUUAGAUCUUGAUCACCACCUUGGUGCUGUGAUUAGAGUGCUAAGGGAAGUGAUUCUAAUGAACUUGUGUGUCUUCCAAUUCCUCUUGUCAUUUUUGUCUUCAUCAAAAUCAAAGGCAACAAAAUGGUUUUUGGUGGCAAAAUUGAUGCACAAAGGGGCCAUAACAUGUGAAGAUAACUCAGAGAAAAUCAAUGAGUUGCAGAGUGUGGAUGCUUCCUUAAGCACAAUUCUUAAUGAAGGUGCUAAUGGUGAGACAUUGAAGGCUGCACAUGAAACAUUGGAGCCUUUGGAACAUGUCAUUGAAAGUGUUGAGAAUGGUUUGGAGAGUGUGUUUAGGCGAUUGAUUAAAACAAGAGCCUCCCUUUUGAACAUAAUCUCCUCCCAAUAGAGUAUUUUUUAGCUGCAAUUUUUCUCCAAAUACAUCCGAAUUUUAGGGAUCUAUUGAGGAAUGUAAAUUAUUGCCUGGAUGAUUUUUACAAGUGUAUAUUGAUACAUUGAAAAUGCAAAGAAUAUUUUUAUGAUCUA